CCCUAAUAUCAUAUUUAAGGUUUUAGAUAAACCAGAAAUGGCCUGUUGUGAGCAGAACUGCUCACAUACUGAUGCUGAUAUUCCAAUUGUGUAUACAGAGUGCCUGUUUCAGAAUCAAGCUGGACAGUGUUUAACACUGUACAAGGCCUUCAAUAUUCAUGGCCAUGGAGAUCCCCAGAAAACUAUUCAAGAUAAAGAAACCGGUGAGUUUAAGCACUUCCCCGAUUCCGAAGGUUUGGUCGGAGUUGUUGAAUAUAUUCUGGAACAUAAGCUAAAGUGGGUCGUUGCUUGGAGCAAUAUUCCUGGAAAACCAGACAAGGUAUACACUCAGAUCCUUGAGAUGAAAGAAGGCAUUGAUUUGGUGAAAAUUAAGUUCCAACUCGACUUUUCUGGGAACCAAAGCUGUGCUAACAAAUUGGGAUACUCAGCAGAGGCUAUAAUCAACUCACACACUGAUAUUAAACCAACAAUGAAGGCAACCCUCAAGCCAGCUGACCCUUCUCUUGUUUAAGCUGCCUGGCUUCCUCCCAUGCUUAUCAAAAUUCAACACUACUAAUAAUAUUGUGUUGCUUGGAUAAUUAUUUGAUAUAUGGUUUAUGAACUUUAAAAACUCAAUUAUAAUAUAUUAAAUAAUCAUAAGUAUUAUGAAAAAUGAUAACACAAUAA